CGGCGACCCGAAUAAUACGGAUCCGUACUGACCAAUCAAAUCACUCGCAUCUUGAUUAUCUCAACCUUCGAAACUCUGAAAUCGCCUCAAUUCAAGAAUUCAAUUCAUACCUAGCAGCUCUCUCGCUCGGCCCCCCCUUUCCUUUUCGUCCGGUAGUCCCACCUACGAUUUGCAUUCGCAAACUACCGGACUCUGACAAAAAACAACAACAACAACAACCACCACAACAGCAACACCAUGGCAUCUCUCAGAUCCCAAGCGAUAGCCGCCACCACCACGAUGCUCCGAAGCGCAAGACUCGUUCCGAACAGGCAGGCUUUGGCCAUGGCGCAGCGCCGCUUCAAGACCGACGACUCGAGGACUUCCCUCACCGAGACCACCGAACAGACUGCCAUUACUAAGGAGAAGCCUCGCAACGCUCCCGAUUAUGGUGCCCACAUCGAUCGAGCUACAUCAACAUUUACCCCUGUCCCGAAGCGAGUAAUGGAUGGCAGCGAAGACCACGGCUUUCUCCCUGCCGCCGUAUUGUCAGGCGCGCCGAUAGAGCUACAAGCCAGAACCGUCCGCAUCUACCAACCUUCCAAACCCGCCACGCAAUCCGGAAACUGGGGUAGCCAUCGCUGGAGGAUGGAGUGGGACGUCCUCGCCAAGGGACACCGGUGGGAAAACCCUCUGAUGGGCUGGCAAUCGUCGGCCGAUUUCAUGCAGGGUACCAGGCUCGAAUUCAAGAGCAAGGAGGACGCCAUCGCGUUCGCCGAGAAGCAAGGCUACGAGUAUUUCGUGCAGGAGCCUAACACCAGAGCUUUCACACCCAAGGCUUAUGCUAACAACUUCUUGUAUGCGCCCAAGAAGCUGAAGCACAUUCGCGCCAAAUAGACAAGACAAAACAAGAAGGACAGGUAGUUUGGGAAGGCAACCAUGGGUU